UCUGCAGUGCUUGGUUUGGAGCAAGCUCUUUGAGUGGCGCAUAUGGGCUUCGCUGGUCCCGAUAGUCGGGGGGAUCCUCCUGACCUCAAUGACAGAGCUUAGUUUCAACAUUUUUGGUUUCUGUGCUACCAUGAUAGGCUGCCUCGCCACGUCUACAAAGACCAUCUUGGCAGAGUCCCUGCUCCACGGAUACAAAUUUGACAGCAUUAACACAGUAUACUACAUGGCACCUUUUGCCACCAUGAUACUGGCUCUUCCAGCAAUGUUGCUUGAAGGAGGUGGCGUAAUUGACUGGUUCUACACACACGACGUCUUUUCUUCGCUGAUUAUCAUCCUAGGCUCAGGGGUGCUUGCAUUUUGCCUGAACUUCUCCAUCUUCUAUGUGAUCCAUUCGACCACCACAGUGACUUUCAAUGUUGCUGGCAACCUUAAAGUUGCCGUUGCCGUGUUGGUUUCGUGGCUGAUCUUCCGGAACCCGAUCUCCCCAAUGAAUGCAAUCGGAUGCGCAAUCACGCUCGUCAGUUGUACUUUCUACGGGUAUGUGAGGCAUCUCAUCUCCCAACAGAAGGCUGCUGCCCCUCUUGGGAACCAAGGAACGAACUCGCUGAGAAGUCGGGUGGAGAUGCUCCCCCUUGUAGGUGACAAGGAAGAUAAGGUCUAGCAAGGCAGUACUCCCAUACCCAGGACCCGUUCAUUUCAGUGGUUGAUGGUACAUUACGGUUUGGCACACAGAUGCUGAGUGAGUUGAGGGACGCCAGUAAAUUGGUAUGGGGGUAACACUUUUGUGAAGCUGCAUAUGUUGUACUCAGGCGAACUGUGAGGGUUUGUUCAACCCCCGGACGAUUCAUGCGAUUAGGAUGGUGCUUCUGUUUUCUUGUUUUGCUGCCAUAUGUUUAGACCCUGAA